GCUUCACUGGACGGUGGAAAUGCUUGGCGCAGAUGUGAAUCUACAUGACAAGAUUAGAAAUGUCAAAGACCAGCCUAAGAUAGAGGUGAAAAUGGACCGGCAUCAUAAGCAUUUUGGAUUUUCUCUGGCAGGGUGCCCUGGUGCUGGUCAGUUUAGGUGCUCCAAGACAGCCUACAAGAAGCCAUGCAUGUUCUUCUGUCAGAAGUGUUGCUUCAAGUGCAGGUGUUUUCCUCCUGGGACCCAUGCCCACAAGGAGGUUUGCCACGUUGCAACACCUGGAAGACAGAGAGGAGGCCCAAAUGCCCUUGAAUCUUUCUGGAAAUUCCAGUUACCUUCGAAUGUUGGUCUACCUCCCAAGCUCCUAAAACUUAUCCUGGGUUUUGGAAAAGAUCCAAGGAGGCCCCACCCAUGAUGCCAUGCUAAACUUCGAGAGCCAUGCUAAUUCCAUGUUGGAGAACCUCGCAAGCUAAGACCCUUCUAAAUCAUAACUAUGGCAAUACAUGAAUGAUGAGCUCUAUCAAUUGCUUCCGUGAAAAUUUAUACAUAAUUAGCUCAUUGGUUGUGUACUCCGAGGGCAGCCUCUUGGUGCAGAAAGGUAUUGUGCAAGUACGAAAAACAAGCAUCCUCUCAGUAUCUACUUCUCAAAAAAAAAUCAUUCUAUCAGGAUCUGCUUGAACCUUUCUUUUAGUGAAAUCUUCACAUAAUGUAAGGAGUUCUAAGAUCCCCAGGCACCCUUUAUUCACCACUGACAAAAUCAAAAAAGUGGCUCGUUUGGAUCUCACUAGUUACCAUCCAUCAGAUUUUCAAUUUUUA